AUGGAAUUGCCUUGGAGUGUGGUGGAAUUUGAAAAACUGGUGGAGAAAUGAAGAAAUUUGCAAGUGGAGCUGAGAUCAUUUGCAGACAGUAUGAGAAAUACAAACACCAGAAAUCUUACCGCAUUGAAAUCAAGCCUGUUAAUUUAUCUAAAAGAGUUGUUCUCAAAGAAGCGUACUGCUGCUAGCCAUGUAUUGGUGUUUAUGAUUGCGGAUGAAUUAAGAAACAAGAAACCAUAUGCAAUUCCUGUGCGUUUCAUGCCCUAA